AAAAUUAUUUUUACUUACUAUGAAUGAAGGAAGACAUAAAACCGUCUACAUUAAUCACGGCACUUCGUGCAUCGUGUGUUGUACAGAGUUCCGAUCAGAAUGAGUGCUGAACAGAGUUUGGCGCAUACGUCGUCAUCACACUUCUCUCAUUUCUGGUCGUCGGCGUUGAGGUCCAAACCGUUAUCUCCAGCAUCGGAGACUUAUGUCCGCACCAAUUCCGGCGAGGGACUCGUCCGUCGUUUAAGCCUCUUUGAUCUCCUUCUCCUAGGGAUUGGAGCCUCCUUUGGCGCUGGCAUAUUUGUCGUCACUGGCACGGUCGCUAAAGACGCCGGUCCUGGAGUUACAAUUAGCUUCAUCAUUGCAGGAGCAUGUUGUGUACUGAAUGCACUCUGCUAUGCUGAGCUAGCUUCUCGCUUUCCUGCAGUUGUUGGGGGAGCUUACCUUUAUACAUACUCGGCUUUCAACGAGCUUACUGCUUUUCUUGUGUUUGCUCAAUUGAUGCUAGACUAUCAUAUUGGUGCAGCUAGCAUUGCACGUAGCUUAGCAAGCUAUGUAGUUUCAUUACUGGAGCUCAUUCCCCUUUUCAAGGAUAACAUCCCUAACUGGUUUGGGCAUGGUCACGAAGUUCUUGGAGCAUUAUCUAUCAAUAUAUUAGCUCCAAUUCUCCUAGUGCUUCUGACUAUAGUUCUUUGUUGGGGAGUUGGAGAGUCAUCAAUAUUGAAUUCACUCAUGACAGUAACAAAGGUUAUUCUUAUUUUACGCUCUUUUACACGUUGUUGAUUAGAUCCAGAAUGA